GCGGGGAACGGGCGGCGGCGGCGGGGAGACUGAGCGGCCGGGCGACCGAGGCGGGCACUGAGCCGGCUCCAUGGAGCCUUAGGUCGUUGCUGCAGUCGCCGGGAAAGAAGCAAGCGACGGCUCAGCGGGCGAAUUUGAGAGGAGGGGAAGGGAUUCGGGAGACACCAGGCGUCUCCCUCCUCGAACUCCUCUCGGCCCUUUUCAGUUGAUUCAUAGCCAGAAAAUUUUGUGGGACAGGGAAGAGAGGUAUUCACCCACACACCUAAGUUUGGAAAUGGAAUUAAGAAGAUUGCAGACUCAAAGGAUUUUAUUUGAUGUAACCACCUUAUUAGAUGAAGCCCAGAGAGAUGAACUAAUUUAUUCAGAUGCAUGGUCAUGGAGGCUAUGACUCUGAUUUUAGUGAUGAUGAACACUGUGGAAAAUCUAGCAAAAGGAAAAAAAGGACAGUUGAGGAUGAUUUACUGCUCAAAAAGCCAUUUCAGAAAGAAAAACAUGGGAAAGUGGCCCAUAAACAAGUUGCAGCAGAAUUGCUGGAUAAGGAAGAAGCAAGAAAUAGAAGGUUUCAUCUCAUAGCUAUGGAUGCUUAUCAAAGGCAUACAAAGUUUAUCAAUGACUAUAUUUUAUACUAUGGUGGCAAAAAGGAGGACUUCAGGCGAUUGGGGGAAAAUGACAAAACAGACAUGGAUGUUAUACGAGAAAAUCAUAGAUUCCUGUGGAAUGAGGAGGAUGAAAUGGACAUGAAUUGGGAGAAGAGACUUGCAAAGAAAUACUAUGAUAAAUUAUUCAAGGAAUACUGCAUAGCAGAUCUCAGUAGAUACAAAGAAAAUAAGUUUGGAUUUAGGUGGCGAAUAGAAAAAGAAGUAAUUUCAGGAAAAGGCCAGUUUUUCUGUGGAAAUAAAUGUUGUGAUAAAAAAGAAGGCUUAAAGAGUUGGGAAGUUAACUUCGGUUAUAUCGAGCAUGGUGAAAAGAGAAAUGCACUUGUUAAAUUAAGAUUAUGCCAAGAAUGUUCUUUAAAAUUAAAUUUUCAUCACAGGAGAAAAGAAGUCAAGUCAAAAAAAAGAAAGGAUAAAACCAAAAAAGACUGUGAAGAGUCAUCACAUAAAAAGCCCAGAUUAUCUUCUGCAGAAGAGAGCUCUAAGAAAAAGGAUAAAGGACAUUCAUCGUCAAAGAAAUCAGAAAACUCUGUAAAUAGAAGCUCUGAUGAGGAAGAAGGUACUUUGGAAUCUGAACUUUGGAAGGGCCCACUACCAGAAACAGAUGAAAAAUCACAGGAAGAAGAAUUUGAUGAUUAUUUUCAAGAUUUAUUUCUGUAGACGGAAGACAGGAGCCUACAUUCCUUAAUGUGGAAGUACACUUGGAAAUUCUUGAUAAAAGUUUUAUCUGUAA